UCUUCCUUGUGAAAAAUUACAGUUGACCUAAACUAAAUACUUUCAAAUCCAUUUUUUUAGAUAAGUUUCAUCAUGGAAAUCUUCAUCAAUUUGAUGGACGGGGAGUCCCAAAUGCUGAUAGUCAACCCCAGUGACACAGUGGGACAUUUGAAAAAGUGCAUCGAAAAGGAGAUGGAGGUCCUCGUUUCGAAGCAAAAGCUGAAAUUCACUAAUGACGAUCUGAACGAUGACUCCAGGACUCUGAGCUCCUACAGCAUGCAGCCGGGCUCCCAGGUGUACCUGUUGAUCACGAAGCCGCCAACCCAGCCCUCUACCUUCCAGGUUCUUCUCCAAAAUCAAAAAGGGAAGAGCAAACCAUAUGAUGUCAAAAGGGACGAGACUGUGGAGAACUUCAAGAGGAGAGUGCAGGAAAGAGAAGGGGUUCCAGUAGACCAACAGAGGCUGAUCCAUGACAAUCGAGAGAUGCUAAGUGGAAAACUAACUGACUACAAUGUGAGCAAGCUGAGCAUCAUCUUACUUCUGCGUCUGAGAGGAGGCUGAGGACACAACAUAAAAAAAGUUCUACUUUUUUUGGUUGUUUUGUAAUUAUUAUUAUCCAAAAUUAUUCCUUAUGUUGUUCCUUUUACAUGUAUUAAUGAAUAACAACACAUGUAGCCUACUUUAAAGAGUGUAAUGUGAUUCAUUAAUUCUAAUAAUAAAAGCGGUCAU